UAUCAUGAUUUAUUGAAAUUUUGCCGUAUCGGGAACAUUCCCGCAACUACAUUUAUCUACAGUGGAUAUUGGACAGUGUAGUAACAGUGUGUAGUGAAGAUUGUGCGAAUUAUACCGUGUCAAUAAAAAGAGUACCAUGAGCGAGUUACCACGAUACACCCUGGCCGAGGUGGCGACCAGAAACGGCAAGAAUAACAUGCCCUUGUGGACUAUUUAUAAAGAUGGCGUGUAUGAUAUGACGAAGUAUAUGCACGAGCAUCCAGGUGGGACGGAAACCAUUGAUAAUGACGAGGUAGCUGGCAAAGACUGUACGAAAGCCUUUGAAGAAGUAGGGCACACGUCGGACGCUUACACUAUUCUACCCAAGUACAAAAUAGGUGAAAUUGUUGAGGAGGAAAAGAAAUACGAUGCUAACGGAAAGAAGAAGAAGAGAGUUGUAGCCGCGCAGCCAGAAGGGGCUAGCAGGAGUUGCAUGAGCAUCAUCACCUGCGGCUUAUUGGGCUGAUGAUAGACAUAAAAAUAUUAAGUGUACGGAACCGAGAAUUGUUGAAAUGUUGGUUGAAACGGCUCCUAAAUUUGGUCCUGAUGCUGCGUACUGUAAAAUUAAGUUUAAUAUUAUUUAAAAUACUACAACAUAGGUUGUGAAUAUAUUUAAAAAAAUAUCAUAGGUUGAAGGACUUCAUACAUUUGUUAUUGGACAGAAAGAGACGGCAUGACUUAUCAGUGAUGUCAUUUAAUUUACUUAUUAAAUCUGUAUAACUUUCUGUAAAAUAUUAAUAAGGUUCAAUAAAUGAAAAAAUCAUUGUACAUAAAAUAUACUUUGUAAUUAAAAUGAAUUUACUUAAAAUUAUCACAACGAACUAUACCUAAUUA